AUGUGCUUGAGUUUGUUAGGUCUGACGAUCGGAGUGAAUGUGUACAUGCAGUUUGGGACGGUUCAAAACACGAGAGAGGACGUCCACCAUCCUCAAGACUUGUUGAUGGGAGUCGGCAUUCUUUUCUUGAAUGUGAAAGUCCUCAUGCAUUUCUUGGUCGACUAUGUAUUAGUCAAUCGUUUCGACAUCCCACUUCGCGACGCCCACCUCCCUAAACAUGACGAUCCCCUCUCCUAG